AUGCGCUUGACCGAGUUUUGCACACUGGGCAUUUCACUGUCGACAUUACGAUGCACAAUAUUGAAGACUUGGAUAGAUGCAGGGGCUCGUUCUCACCUUCAUGCUCGGUCAAACCAGGUUCCACCAACCAAUGGCACACAGUCGUGGACUCCUCCACCCCCACCAAAACUGGCCUCCCCACCUCCAUCGGAUGUUAUCAUAAUCGGCGCCGGUGCAGUUGGGUGCUCCAUUGCGCGAGAGCUCUCAAAAUAUAAACUUAACACCGUGGUCCUCGAGAAAGCCGAUGACGUUGCACAAGGAGCCUCAAAAGCAAAUAGUGGCAUUGUGCAUGGAGGUUAUGAUGAACAACACGGAACGGUGAAAUCCCGGGUUGCAAGACCGGGAAAUGAAAUGUUUGAUGCUCUUGAGCGUGAACUCCAUUUUGGAUUUAGAAGAGUUGGGGCGCUGGUUCUCGCAUACCAUCCUAGCGAAAUGCCCAUAUUGAACGAGUUGAUGGAAAAUGGGUUUAAGAAUGGUGUUAAAGAUCUUGUCAUUCUGAACCGCGAUCAGGUUCGUCAGCGGGAACCACACAUCCAUCGUGAUGUUUUCGCUGCUUUGUAUUGUCCGGGAACGGGUAUUACCUCACCCUACGAGUACACUAUUGCGCUGGCCGAAAACGCGAUAACAAACGGUACCUCCUUCUACCUCAAGCAUGAAGUUGUUGACAUUCAGCCCGCACAUGAUCAACCUGGUUUCAUUGUCAAAACCGACUGUGGAAAGAGCUUUAGGACGAGGGUCGUAAUUAACUGUGCGGGGCUGUACUCGGAUAGGGUUGCGGCGAUGGUUGGCGCAAAUAACUUUUCUAUUGAGCCCAGAAAAGGCGAGUAUGUUAUUCUAAAUAAGUCGCAAGCCCACCUUGCGAGACACGUCUUGUUCCCAGUCCCCUCACCCGAACGUGGUAAAGGCAUCCUGGUCAGCCAAACUUAUCAUGGAAAUCUUUUGCUCGGUCCCACCUCACGUGGAACACACGAAGCAUCCAUGACCAACAAGGAGGUGCUUGAACUCAUUCUCCGCUCGGCACGCCAUUCCAUUCCCGAUUUUGAUGUAGGGGCUGCAAUAACGUCUUAUACAGGUCUUCGUUCCAAAUGUUCUCGCGGGGAUUUCAUCAUUGAAGAAAGCCCAAGCGUCAAAGGAUUCAUCAAUGUUGCUGGAAUCGAUUCACCCGGACUAACCAGUUCGCCAGCGGUAGCAAAACUAGUAGUUGAAAUCUUGGGCAAGACUGGUAGAGUCAAGCUCGAGCCGAAUCCGUCAUUCAACCCUAAUCGCCCAGCAAUCAUCAUUCGCAAGACGUCCGAGUUUAGUGGUAGAAUAGAUGACCCCGAUCCAGCUCGGAACAUUAUAUGUCGGUGUGAAAGAGUCACGGAGGCAGAGAUUAUAGAUGCCAUUCACAGGCCUUUACCUGCUCGCAGUGUUGACGCUAUAAAACGACGGACAAGAGCCGGGAUGGGGCCUUGUCAAGGUAGUUUUUGCGAAGAGAGGGUUGUGGGCGUGAUAUCUAGGGAGCUGGGUGUCCCUGAAAAUAUGGUGCCAAGACGCGGUCCAGGGAGUUCAGUGCUGCCACAUCGUCGAUUGACCAAAGAAGAUCGGGAGCUUUUGGAGGAGUUGUCGAAAGAUGUGGACAGCCUGAAACCAAAGAUGUGA